ACCCUGGGUCCUUAAUCUGUUUGUUUCGUGCAACAUUCGGCCUUAGUGGUUCCGAGAGCGACGUAACAUUAACCAGAUUGCCGCGGUACUUUCUGAAUUGCUGUAAUAAUGAUGGUACGUCGAUUAUUGCCCCGGCAGGCAAUUUAUUUUUCUUUCGACCGCUAAUGGACCAAAAUGAAACAUCAAAGUCAAUAUAAUUUCUUUUUUUUUGUUGUGCUGCAAUAAAAUAAUGAAUUUAUUAGCAAUUAUGACAAGAUCAUUAACUUCAAUGGAUUUUUUUACUAAAAAAAAUCUCUUAGUACCAGAGAGACAUUAGGGUAUUUGUUAUUUGCAAAGUUGAUCAUUUCUCUCACGACGAUCUCUAAAUUUUUAGUUUAUUGUUACAUUCGUUUUCAGUUUCAAAGAAAUUAGAGAAAAUUUUCUUUACCUCUAAACUCUAUACCCUAGAUGGCGUUGUGAAUUUCCCAUACACGCGCUCUCCGGAAAAUCAAUAAAGGAAAACGUCAACUUUCCUUAAUUUCCAUCCCCUUGAACUCUCUACAUCGACUGAAUGAUAUAACCGCAUUUAUAUUCUCGAUGUUUUUUCGGUAAAAACAAUAUUCAAAUUUUUUAAAUGCCCAAAAAAAUCAAAUUUACUGUUAUCCAUUCUUCCAGCGAAGAUUCAAGAUACAGGGUGUCCGAGUUAAACGUGCAUGGACCGACUGUGAAGGGAUGGAGGUCGGAGAAAGAGUGCCAGUACCCUCAGGAAGUGGUACUGCAGUUAGAAAGAAAGUGCUCCUUGAACAAGAUCCAGAUUUUGGCUCACCAGUACCUAAUACCCUCCAAAAUUCAGUUGUACUCAAACAACGAAAACCUGGACAAAGAGUUGGACUUGGAGAAGAUAUCUUGGAACUACAUCGGUUAUAUAAACCUUUCCAGCAAUGAUAGUACCGAAUUCAAGAGCAGGGAACUCAAAUCAGCCAAUGUGCCUAAGAUUGAAGCCACCUAUAUCAAGCUACACCUUCACGAAAAUCACGAGAAUGUUCUCAAUCACUUUAAUCAAGUCAGCGUAAUAGCUAUUAACGUGAUAGGUUCGGAAAUCAAUCAAAAAACCCCAGAGACCCAAACUAAAGAUCCACAGUUGGUAAAACUACAAGAAAUCCUCAAUAAUCCUGAAUAUAUCUCACCCUACGAUGAUCUAGCUUUCGAAAUGUAUGUAGCGACCGAUAUAGCAGAAGUUAUCAGAGAAAUGGAACUCAAGAAAUACCUAGCAGUCAUAAACGAAAGAUUCGAAUAUGCAAGAAAACUAAAGCACGCCAUGCUUAUGCUUAGAUCUGCCGGUGAAAAACUCGGAAAAUAUGAGCUGGAAAAACGUCACGCCAUCGAAAUGGAAGACUACGAAAGAGCCAUGCGCAAAAAGAAUCAAAUCGAACAAUUCAGAAAGGAAACUUUCCAAGAACUAGCUAUAGAAGAAUUAUUAGAAACCAGUGGAGCUUGCCCAAAAAAUGACGAAUGCCUUGAAGAACCAGAUAACAACAAACACUUGUUGUCUCCGAUCAUAAUGCGAUCAGACCGAAGAUCAAGCUCACCCAAUCAAACGCAUAUGCUUCAACAAGCUUCCCCCAUGCAUAUACCGAGGCACCAGAGCCCUAAAAUGGGGUCCCCUUGUACAGGGAGUCCUACGCCUAGCAGGGGAUCUUUCAGGAGAAGAAACAAGUCAGCUGGGGCUGCAGCUAAGUCUACGUUUGAGAUGUAUGAGGAAAAACCGUUGCCUGCAUUGAGACAUUCUCAAACUAACGAAUUCCUACGCGAAUGCCACCUGGAACCAGACCAAAAAACCACCUCGAAACUGACAGAAAGAGAAAAGAAGCAAGCUAGCUUACCUAUUCUGGUUUUUGGUACUGAUCUAGUGGAGAAAUUCUACUCAAAACACUAUACAGACAAGGAAGAAGGCUUGAGAAGACUCAAAGAGGAACUACUGUGCUACGACGCCACUAAAAUGCACACACCCAACAAAACCGCAAGAGCUGCAAUUUUUUUGUUGCACAGGGCCUUGAGGGAUAAAGUUUUUUCAGUGUACAAUCUGGCCAACGAGGUUAUAAGGCUGUUUUUUGUCCAAUUCGUACCUGGAAGAGUGGUUCCUGCGGAAGUAUCGAGGAGUGUAGACAAAUUACUGCCAGAACUACUAACAAAAUCCGGUGAUACAAGUGCCAGAAUUCACCAUAUGGCCGUCCAUACCAUACUGACAAUGGCUGAUGUUAAAAGUGUCAGAGAUCUACAUAUAAUACCUGUUCAUUUGAGUAGACCUGUAAGUAGCAGUACUCAUCCUAGAUUAGCUCUCAGUAGGGCAGAAAUGGUGGAACAGUUAAUUUUAAGUCACGGGAUAUCGACAGAUAAACAAAGCGGUUUAACGUGUAGAACUCUGUCAGAAUUCGGAUCUAGCGGACUGCAUCACCCUGCAGAAGCUGUCAGAAAGGUGUCAGAAAGAAUUCUGGUUUUAGUGUAUAAAGUUAAUCCUAGAAUGGUGAGGAAACAGCUACCUCCUGAUGACGAUAUCACGAGAAGGAAUCUGUUAUACCGACAGUUGUUUCAUGAGUUCGAUAGCAUAGAUUUGGAAAGAAAAAAAGAGGCUCUAGAAAAGAACAGACUGAUUCAGCAAUGCUCAGCAAACUCGAACUCUGACUGUUUCAGUCCGGAACCAGUGUGCGAAUCCCGCAGCGAGAUCAGCAAGUGUAUCAGUUCCAACAAUUUGGAAACUCUGGCCAAUAAUUUCGUUAAUAAUGAAGCUAACAACAAAACGAACUAUCCCUUGGCUAAAAGCCUGAGUGGGGGAAAUAUUGGACAAACCAAUGGACAUGUUAAGGGUGACAAUGAAAGAAGAAGUGUUAGUUCGGCUAGUGGAGUGUCCACACCAAGUAACAACUCUAAGGAAGAUGACGAAAGACACUGUAUCUUCUGCAACCAGUCAGAAAAAACGAUUUUGCUCAUGAGCAACUCAAUGAACUCACAUUACUGGAGGUCCUGCCCCAUGCUGGUCAGGUGCAAGCUGUGCAGUCAGGUGGUGGAAGUGGCAGGAUUAACUGAACACUUGGUAUCUGAAUGCGAGCAAAAAGAACGGUUUUUGCAGUGUACCAAGUGCAGCGUGGCUGUAAACAAAGAGAAAUAUCAAUCGCAUUUGGCCAAUUGUAUUGAAUUGCCCGACGGAUGUACCAGGUGUCCUCUGUGCCAGGAAGACCUGGACAUCACCGACGUAUGCUGGAAAAAUCACCUCAUGACAGGUGACAAAGUGUGUCAAAAAAAUGCCAGAGUGAAGCUAGCAAAUAAUCUUAAGCAAGUCAAAAUUCAACUUUAACUUUUAAAUUUAUAGUUAAUUAAGAAAAUAAAUAUGUAAUUAUUUUUCUAAAUCGCACGAUGUAUUUGCUACAAUCUUUUUCUUAUUCAAAAAAAGACGAAUUUGCUUAUAUUCUUUAGAAAAUCUAUACAAGGAGUAAUUCACAGAAACCUGAUCACCCUGUAUAGAUUGGAAACUUAUAUGGUGCAAUUUAUGUGCAAUAUUAAUUAAAAAAAUAUCUCUAAGAUACUUUUUUUAUUAUGUAGAAUAACAUUUAUAAAAAUCUUAUUGUUGAAAACAUGGCUUGUACAAAAUAUUCUGUACAGAAUUAUUGAAAUCUGUUAUAGUACCUACGUAGUUAAAUUUUUCAAUACCUAAUUAAAAAAGCUUCUAUUUUUGUUUUAUUUUAUUUAAACAUAAUUAAACACCAGAACUGACUAUACAAUUUAAAAUUAACGCAUAAACACUUUUUAUAAUAAUUUAAUUUUACAGUAAAAGCACAAAUUUUCAUCUCAUCUGCAAGUAAAAUUAAAAUCUAAGUAAUACUGGCUUUGUUUUAAACCAGAAAAAAAAACAUUAAAGAAUGGCUGUGAAAAACCUGUAAGGUGAAAUAAAAAUAACAGAAAGAAGGCAUUCACGUUUAAGAUAAGAGAAAAAACUGAAUAAUUUUACUUGCACGAAAAAAAUAAACUUAAAAAUUUCCUGGAAAUAAA